GGGGUCUCUGACUCAAGGUUUAAAACUCUUAAAGGGUCUCUCUUUUUUCCCUCUCUGUCUCUAUCCCCAGAAAUUAACGCAGAGAGCGGAAGAAAACAAGCAAAUUUGGACGGUCUGAUCUCCAUUGGCCUCAUUUCUAUCUUCCUUCUUGUGGGUGGUCUUUUCUUCUUUCCCUUUUGUUUCUCAGUCUCUCAGCGAGUGAAUCGGGGUUGGGGAGAAGGGAGGAGAAAAAGGUGCCAGUUUUUCCAUAUUUCUUUCGAUCGGUCCACCGAUUUCUUUGGAAUGAGGAGCCUAUCUUUCUGUGGGGCUAACGGGGCAUGCAACACAGGUACAGAAGUUAACUUACAAUUUUCUUGGAUGGAUAUGGAAGCCAGAUUUAUAGCAUCAUCUGGAGACUUAUUGUCUAUAUAAAGCAUGAAUCUCAUUAGACUUUACAUAACCAUAUGGACCAAGCCAGGGCAGCUGGGACAUGCAAGUUUGGUGAUCAGACCACAAGUGAUGUCACUGUUCGCUUGAGAAAUAGAGAUGGGAGGCCUGAGUGGUUCCAUUGCCACUCGUUCAUUUUAACAAAAAGGAGCAAGUUCUUUGCAAACUGGCUUUGUAAGCAUCCUAGUGAUCCAAGAACUGAAUCUAAUAACUGCAUAGAAGUACACUGCCCAGGAUCAGAGUCUGAUCACUAUGUUAAGCUCUUGAAGCUUAUAUACCUCUCUGAAGAGUCAGUUUCAGACUCAUGGGAUUCUGUAAAAUCUGCCCUUGGUGUUCUCCAAGCUUCCAUGGCUCUUCAAUGUGAAACAAUCACCAAGAGCUGCAUCCAGUACUUGGAGGCUGUGCCCUGGGAUGAAAAGGAAGAGGAGGAAAUUUUAGAAGUUGUUCCAACCUUAGGUCCAGAAGCCAUGCCUAUAUUGGCCCGGAUGCAACCUGUCAACAUCAAUGCCACUAAGAGUGUUUUCAUCUCUGCAGUUCGCUUGGCUACAACUAUUGAAAAUUCAUUUCCUCCAUUCACAGAUGAACUGAAGUCUUCCGCUCAGGAACAAGUAGAGUACAUGCUUCUGGAAGAUGAAGAGACUCCAUUAAUAGCAGUCGAUGAAGAUGUGAAGUACGAGGCAAGAGCGGGCCUUGCCAAGAUGUUUACCACUUUUGAGAAGGGACUUAGUUUGCUGCCCUCAGAGUAUGAUCAGUCACCAGAGGCAGCGGAGCAGAGAGUCUUGCAGAGCCUAUUGGAUCUUGAGUGGAUGUGUAACAUACUCCCAAAAAUGGAAAUGAUGAAGGAUUUCGUUUCCGGCUGGGCUUGCAUCUCUGAUCAUGUGCUUGCAACCGUUCCAGAUGAGAAAUACAGCUCUGGCUUGUGGGCGGUCAAAGUGAAGAUGAUGGAAGUGACAGGGAAGGCUUUGGAUGCCAUUGGGUUUGGGAAUGUGGUUCUUCCAGCACUAUCCAGAGUCCAGUUCCUCAGGACAUGGCUUCCUUAUAUUAGGAAGUUGAAGCCCUUGCUGGAUUCAAAGAGUGCUGAUAAUGAAGCAUUUCCUUACAAGAUGGACAGCGAUCUGUGCCAGAACAUUGAAGGGGCUAUCAACUCGCUGGUGCUUGCCUUGCCAUCAAGUGAUCAAGCAGAGAUACUUAUGGAUUGGAUGCAGAGGGACGAGCAGUUGAAAUAUCCUGAUCUGAGUGAGGCAUUUGAAGUAUGGUGUUACCGGACCAAAUCAGCAAAGAGGAGGCUGCUGGCGGGUUUCAAUGCAAUAGACAACGCGACCAUCACCCUCUGAUGAGUCCAUUUCUUAAUCUUGUAUCAGUGGGUGAUUUUGGUUGAAUUGUCAUUGUUGUAAGUUGCAGCAGACGAUAGCCUUUGUUGUCUAGAUCAAUCAUGCUUCUUUUUUUUUUGUUAAUUUAAUAUUUUAAGGUAAAUGGUACUGCUUAAGAAUUGCGCAUUGCGGAGACAGCCUGAGUCUGGAGCACAUGGUUCAGACUGCAGAAUCUCUUCUAUAAUUUGAUUGCAAACUUCUUCAACUAAGCAUGGAUUUUGAUAGGGGAACUACUUGUUGCUUCAUCUGCUCUCUUGGGGGUUGGAUUUUUGUGCCUUAAGCAAGUUUCUCACUUGUGUGUUAUGUAGCGAGGGAGAUGGAUUGCUUUUUCAAAUAUUACUCGUUCCAUGUAA